ACAGUCUUCAACACCAUAAGUCUCAAACAUGUCUUCUUUCAAAGCUUAUGGGAAAGUUGACGAAGCCGAGCAAGCCACGCUCGAGGCUCGUCGAAGAACCAGAAAGAGAAUUACCAUCAUUAGCCUUUCCUCGAUAUUACUGGCAGCCAUUGUAGUUGCAGCCGUUGUAGGGACUCAUGCUUCUGGUGGCAAUUCCAACAAUGGUGGUGACCAAGCAAAGCCAAUUUCUACAUCAGUCAAGGCAGUGUGUGAUGUUACCUUGUAUAAAGAUUCUUGUUACAGCAGUCUCGCUCCUUUCGCUAAACCUAACAAUCUUCAACCUGAAGAGCUGUUCAAGUUGUCAAUCCAAGUGGCCCUGGAUGAGAUUUCGAAAGCCUCUCAAUAUUUCAUCAAUAAUGGUCAGUUCCUUGGUGGCCUCAAUGAUAAUAACAUGAUAAAUGCAGCCUUAAAAGAUUGCCAAGAUCUUCUGGAUUUGGCUAUUGACCGUUUAAAUAGUUCAUUAUCCUCCGCUAAUGAUGUCUCUUUGAUUGAUGUUGCGGAUGAUUUCAGAAGUUGGCUAAGUGCUGCUGGUUCUUACCAACAAACGUGCAUUGAUGGGCUAAAAGAGGCCAACUUGAAAUCUACUGCUCAAAAUUAUUAUCUCAAGAAUACUACUGAGCUAACAAGCAAUAGCCUGGCAAUUAUUACCUGGAUUUACAAGAUUGCAAGUUCAGUGAAGAUGAGACGUUUAAUGAGUUAUGCUGAGCAUGACAAAGUGAACUUGCCCAGGUGGCUGCACCAAAACGAUCGUAAACUGCUUCAGAGUAACGAUUUGAAGAAGAAGGCUAACGCUGUUGUGGCGAAAGAUGGAUCUGGGAAGUACAAAACAAUUAGCGAUGCUCUUAAAGCUGUUCCAGACAAAAGUAAGAAGAGGUUCAUCAUCUAUGUGAAGAAAGGAAUAUACACUGAGAACGUCCGAGUCGAGAAACCGAAAUGGAACGUUGUGAUUGUCGGCGAUGGAAUGAAUGCAACAAUUGUCUCUGGAAGCCUGAACUUUGUGGAUGGAACUCCCACAUUCUCAACUGCAACAUUUGCUGUCUUUGGCAAGGGCUUCAUUGCAAGAGAUAUGGGAUUCCGUAACACUGCCGGUCCUAUCAAGCAUCAGGCAGUGGCGCUGAUGUCAACAGCUGACAUGUCAGUCUUCUACAGGUGUAGUUUCGAUGCAUUUCAGGACACUCUCUAUGCACAUUCCAACCGCCAAUUCUACCGCGAAUGUAACAUAUACGGAACGGUUGAUUUCAUCUUUGGAAAUUCAGCAGUUGUAAUUCAAAACUGCAACAUAUUACCCAGAAGAACAAUGCCUGGCCAGAAGAACACCAUCACAGCCCAAGGAAGGUUUGACCCUAAUCAAAAUACUGGAAUUUCAAUCCAGAAUUGCACUAUUCUGCCUUUUGACAACUUGACUUCCAUCCAAACGUUUCUUGGACGACCUUGGAAAAAUUACUCAACUACUGUAUAUAUGCACUCCAUGAUGGGAAGUUUGAUUGAUCCCAGUGGAUGGUUGCCAUGGACUGGCAAUACAGCACCACCUACUAUAUUCUAUGCUGAAUUUCAGAAUUUUGGACCUGGUUCUUCAACGAAAAAUAGAGUCAAAUGGAAGGGAUUAAAGAACAUUACCUAUAAACUAGCUAGCAAAUUUACUGCCAACGCAUUCCUGCAGGGUGACAAGUGGAUUCCAGAAUCUGGCGUUAGCUAUAAACCUGGUCUAUGAGUGUUACCUCUGCCAGAGAUGCUAGCUCCUGGCAAGGGUUUCUUCUUUUCUUUUCUUUUUUAAAAAAUUGUCUUUUCUCCAACAGUUUUGCUCCUUUUCUCCAUUUUCGUUUUGGCUGUUGUAAAACAAAUUUCAUGUAUUUGUUUCUUAUAAUUUUUCUACACAUUGAUUGACUGAA